GAGAAGAUUGGAAUCCAAGUAGCUUAGUAGUAGUCUUCGAUCCUCUACAUUUCUCUUCGUUCUAAAGCCAUUCUCGAGUUCCUUUGUUUGAUUCGUGAGAGACACGUUGCGUGGAAGUUCUAAUAUGGGAAAUUCACGUAACACUUGGCAUCAGAGCCUGGUUGCUCAACAACAAGGUUACAGGUUACCAACAUCAUCAUCGCACGCCGACAGGAUUGACAACCAGAGCAAAUGAUGGGCAAAACCCGAGCCACCAACAUCGAUGAGACAGAAACCUAUCCCGUUGUUCGAGUUCAGGAAAAGGAGGGAAGGAUAGAAACCCUCGAAGGACGAGUCAAUCAACUUACCGAGCAGCUGAAGGGGGUUGAUCAAAAGCUUGAGCGCAAAAUCGACGGCUUAGCUAAUACCGUAGCCGAAAUUCAAGCUCGGACGAAUGAGAUCCACGCUUGAGUCGACGAAAGGUACGUCAAUCUAAAGGAAAUGAUCGGACUCCUCCUCGCCGAGCGGAAAGGAGCGACCAACCCAGGGAACAAGGUUAACGAAGACCUCGUAGACUCCUCACCGGAACGAAUUGCACUCCUUACUGCCGAAGCGAAACUGAAGAAACCUGUUCCAUAUCACGAUGAGGUCAAGAUCGUGGAUGAAACUUCGCCAUCGACCAGGGAUCAAGGCGGCGACACCAAAGCUGGCGGCAAGACAGGCAGCGUUACGGUCAGACCGGAGUGGGGGUACAUGGUCGGAGCGGGAUUCGACGAGGCAGGAGGCUACGCGGGAGGACCUCCUCAUGUCUCAGUGGUUCAGAUGGCGGAAGAAGGAGGCGCUAACUCAAAGAAGACAUGCCGACUUGGAGGGCUAGGUAUACUGGGUCUAGGACCGGGAAGGACGGGAUCGGCCUAGUUUUGCAUUGGGGACCCUCACACAAUGCACCAGCGGGGUGGGCCGAGUGUGGGCCGACCUAGAAUGGUCAGAGAGGAAUCAUUCGCAGCUGGGCUAGGGUGCGGGACCGCGGCUGGCGGACCAGGCAGGUGGGCCGCACAAGGGCUGGGUUCGGGAAAUCCAACUAGGCCGGGGGACGCAGGCUGGCCAUUGGUCGGGCCGGGAAGGUAUCAUGGAGGAUGGAGCGGAGGGCCAUCUAGACCGGGUGGCGGGCCAACAGGCCCAAUGAGCGGAGAUGGGCCCAAUGGAGGAUAGGGGAACGGACCAACAAGUCGAACCGGCGGAGAAUGGAAUCAAGGGGGUGGAUGGUCGAAUUGAACUGAUGAUCGACCCGGGUAUUUUCGGCCCAAAGAAGCUCAACUGGAAUUUCCAAAAUUCAAUGGAACCGAAGAUCCUUCCGGGUGGUUUGCCUACGUGGAACAAUUCUUCAAAUUUCAGGGAACACACGAAGAUUACAAGGCUCCUCUAGCGUCUUUUCAUCUGGAAGGAGACGCAAACCAGUGGUGACACUGGCUCGAUCGAGCUUACCUGGCGUCUGGCAUGGUGAUCACGUGGCCACGAUUUUAUGAAGAGUUGUGGGCAUGAUUUGGGUCAUCGGAAAGCACCUCCAGUCAUGAAGCUUUGGCGAAGUUAAGCAGACUGGAUCCCUCGAUGACUAUCUUUUGACAUUUGAGAAAUUGGGGAAUCGCUGCUAUGAAUGGCCGGAGGAGGCUCAUGUGGGGUCCUUCGUGGGCGGUCUUAAACUGGACAUAGCCGACGCUAUUCGCAUGUUUCGACCAACAACGGUAAGAGAUGCAAUUUGCCUUGCUUAGGUGAAAAAUGAUGAGCUGGUCAAACAUCGUGGAUUGUCGUGGAAUCCUCCAACGCGGCAACGAUGGAAGCCGAGCAAGAGACAGGAGCGCCGCCGCUCGAACAGGUCUGCCGCGCAAUCUUAAUGCUUGCAGGAUGUCACCGGAAGAAGUUGCGCAACGCAGGGCCAAGGGUCUCUGUUUUCAUUUUGAUGAACGCUUCACAAUCGGUCAUCAUUGCCCUAACAAGAAUGUGUUGCUUAUUAUUGGAGCGCGCAACGAGAAAGAGGAGGGUUGGUUCAUCCAUGAAGAUGACCAACCUUGAGGGCAAGGUUGCGCUUAAGGGGGGAGGAUUGUUACGAUACGAGCCAUUCAUAAUAAUCUAGGAAUUUCUGG